CUCAACAUUUAGUUCUAAUAAAUAUCCCAACUUUGGCUGUCUCCAGUCUCAUAUACAAUUAGUAUUAAUAGCCUGUCCCCAGACUGAUAUAGGGGAACUGCUUACUUUGUUUAUUCAGCCAUGUCUGUACUACCUAGCAGUGGUAGUGCCACCUACAUGGAUUCAGGCAACCAAAAUCCCGACACUUUCAACACCUUCUUCGAGCGCUGGUUGGUGGAACAAAACCAGCAUCUUCGAGAACUGGUUGCUGCAUCCCGGCAACAAAGCAGUGUCGAUGAGCAGAGUCUACGGUGUCUCGUCCAAAGGGUAUUGGACCAUUAUGAACAUUACUAUAAAGCCAAAGCCAAGUGGGGUAAACAGGAUGUGUUAGCCAUGUUAUCACCUUCAUGGACCAGCAAGUUUGAAGAUGCUUUUCUUUGGAUCGGUGGGUGGCGACCCAGUAUAGCUUUUCACUUGCUUUACUCAAAAUCAGGGAUGCAAUUAGAAGACCAACUCGACGAGUUAAUUCGAGGAAUGGGAAGGGGUGAUUUGGGUGAUCUUUCACCAACUCAGCUGUCGAGGAUCAACGAGUUACAAACCAAGACCAUUAGGGAAGAGAAAGAGAUAAGUGAAAAGAUGGCAAAGCAUCAAGAAUCGGUAGCUGACUCGUCUAUGGUUGAGUUAUCUCAUUUAGUGUCUGAAAUGAUGAGGAAAGGGGAUGAAGAUGGUGUUGAUGUUGAAAAGGAUAAAGUUGAGUCAGCCAUGGAAUCAAAAGAGGAAGGAUUGAAGGAGAUUUUACUAAGGGCUGAUGAUCUUAGAUUGAGGACAUUGAAAACCGUGAUUCACAUAUUGAAUCCCAUCCAAAGUGUGCAUUUUUUCAUAGCUGCUGCUGAGCUGCAUCUUAGGAUUCAUGAAUGGGGCAAGCAGAUAGACCAUAAGCAUCAUCAACCAUCCUAACAGGGGCUAAUCCCCAAAAAAAACUUUUGGGGCUGUUUUUUUUUUUUAAAAAAAAAUUUAUAAUGUUUAAAAGAUAAAAUGGAAUUUUUAUUAUUUUUGGGUAAAACGUAAUUCAAUCAUUUACUUAUUUUUAAA